CGGGGGUCGGGGGGUGUCCCGGGGCGCGGUGCCCCCCCCCAAGCAGAGAUCCCGGGGUUCGCUGUGCGGGACGGGGGGGGGGCUGCGCUCAGCCCACGGCCACGGGAGCAGCGUGGAUCUGGUGGGAGGGGAAAGCCCCCGGCCACGUCCCCAGCCACGUCCAUGGCCACGUCCCCAUUCUCGUCCCCGUUCACGUUCCCGUCCACGUCCCCAGCUCUGUCCCCAUCCGCGACCACGUCCUCAUUCAUGUCCCUGUCCCCAGCCCUGUCCUCAUCCCCCCCCCCGUGGCCACGGCCUCAUUCGCAUCCUUGUGCACCUCCCUGUUGCCUGUGGCUGCAUCCCCACUCGUGUCCCUCUCCCCAUCCACAUCCCCGCCCCUGCCCAUGUCCCUGUCCCUGCCUACGUCCCUUUUCUCUGCCCCGUCCUUAUCUACAUCCCCGUCUACAGGCACGUCCCCAUCCAUGUCCCCGUCCACAUCCUUGUUCCCCUCCACGGCCACAUCCCCAUUCAUGUCCUCGUCCCUGUCCCCAGCCCCAUCCCUCUUCCCUUCCAUGGCCACAUCCUCAUCCACGUCCUCAUUCGCAUCUCCAGCCCCAACCCUGUCCCCAUCCCUGUCCCCACAUCUGGGCCAUCCCCCUCCCCACAUCUGGGUUGUCCCUGUCCCCACAUUUGGGGCAUCUCUGUUCCCAUAUCUGAACCGUCCUUAUCCCCACAUCUGGGCCAUCCCGCUCCCCACAUCUGGACCGUCCCUGUCCCCGCAUCUGGGUUGUCCCUGUUCCCACAUUUGGACUAUCCUUGUCCCCACAUCUGGGUUGUCAACUGUCUCCACACCUCGGCCAUCCCCGUCCCCACAUCUGAGCCGUCUCUCUCCCCACAUCUAGUUUGUCCCUGUCCCCACAUUUGGGCCAUCCCUGUUCCCACAUCUGAACCAUCCUUAUUCCCACAUCUGGGCCAUCCCCCUCCCCACAUCUUGGUUGUCCCUGUCCCCACAUUUGGACUAUCCUUGUCCCCACAUCUGGGUUGUCACUGUCUCCACACCUGGGCCAUCCCCCUCCCCACACCUGGGCCAUCCCCCUCCCCACAUCUGAACCAUCCCUCUCCCCACAUCUGGGUUGUCCCUGUCCCCACACCUGGGCCAUCCCUGCUGCCUGCAUUAAUUUCCGCCCUCUUUUCCCCCAUGGGGACGCGCCGUGGGGCCAGGCAGCCCCUCAUCCCCGCACACCCUGCAGUGAGGGGCCGGGGCCGCGUUGGGGGGGGGCCCACGCUGAACGCAGCAUCCCCAGCCAUGGCCGCGCUGCUGAAGGCCGUGGUGAGCGCCUCGGAGAAGGCAGCCGACAUCGCGCGGCUGUGCCGGGACGCGGAGCCGCUCUUCCGGCUGCUGGUGGCCGAAAAGACCGGAACGGAUCGGAACCAGCGCUUCUCCCACGACUUCAAGACGUUGGCAGACGUCCUCAUCCAGGAGGUCAUCCGGCACGACCUGGGUGCCCAGUUCCCUGAGCUGCGCAACCACAUCGGGGGCGAAGAGUCCAACGAGUUCACCAACGCCCAUGGGGACACGGUGGCGGUGCGGGUGUGCGGCACCGUGGGUGAAACCGCGGCGCUGCUGGGCUCCGUGCUGCACCCGCACCGGGAGGCGGCGGAGCUGCUGGCGGCCGCCGCGCACCGGGACGCGGCGAUCGGGGACGCGGCGCUGGACGGCGUCACCGUCAGCAUCGACCCCGGGGACGUGGCCGUUUGGAUCGACCCCAUCGAUUCCACCAACGAGUACAUCGUGGGGCGCGAGGACGCUGUCCCCGAGGAUGGCAUCGCGCCCUCGGGGCUGUGCUCGGCGCUGGUGCUCAUCGGUGCCUACGAGCGCAGCAGCGGCCUCCCCGUGCUGGGCGUCAUCAAUGAGCCCUUCCACCGCCGCCACCCGCAGACACGCAGGUGGCAGGGCCGCUACCACUGGGGCAUCGCCUACCAGGACGCCCACGUCUCCUCUCUGAGCCCCCCCCCGCCGCCGCUCCCCCCUCCCCGCGUGGUGCUGAGCCGGGCGGAGGGGCCGGGGGUGCGGGAUGCCCUGGCCCCGCUCUGCGGGGGUCACCUCCGUUUCGCCGCCGGCGCCGGUUACAAGAUGCUGUGCGUCAUCCUGGGACGCGCGGACGCCUACGUCCUCUCCGGGGGGAGCACCUUCGCCUGGGACGCCUGUGCCCCCCACGCCAUCCUGCGUGCUCUAGGGGGGGGCGUGGUGGCCCUGGGGGAUGCCCUGAGGGCGUGGAGGGAGGGGGACACGGGGACGCCCCCCCAGCUGACCUACAACCGCCCGGCCGAGGGGGCAGUGGGGGCCGAGCGCUGGGCCAACCGGGGGGGGCUGGUGGCUUACAUGCACCCCCAGCACCUGGAGGCGGUGCUGGAGGCGCUGGCGGCUAUCCUGGGCAUCAUCUUCACCUGCUGCCUGAUGAAGGGCAUCCGCAGCGGCUAUGAGGUCAUGUAG